GAAUCGUGCAAGCGACUAGCCUAGCGAGAAUUGGUAAAAGGAAAAUGGCCGCGGUUUUCUACAACCAAGCGUACCUCUGGCUGUCAUUAUCACCAAAGUUUGUCAUCACGGAAUAAAAUAUUUUUAAAACCGUAUAGCUGAGGUGGUGAGCAAAGCAAGGUUGGAACACACAUGCACAUGUUUUGACCGUAGUGAAUGAAGAUGUCUAGCGAUAGCGAAGACAGCGAGCAUUCACCAAAGCCUUCCAAACGGAGACGAGUUAUCGUUUCUGAUAGUGACAGUAGCGAUGAAUCAAUAAUAGGGAUGCCAAGAAAAAGGAGAGUAUAUAGGGUCACAAGUGACUGCGAGAGCAGCUCAGAUGAUAGCGAUGUUCCAAAGCCUGUAAAGAACAGAAAAACUUAUAGACUCGUCAGUGAUGAUAACACAAGUUACGGGUGCAGUGAUACAGAUGCUGAUGGAUCAAAUGAUCUAGUCAUCGAUAGUGAUAGUUCAACCUCACGGUCAGACUGGAGGACUGUAGAUGGUUCGUCGUCAGAGUUGGAUGGACAAGGUGGCACAGGUACUGGGCGGAAAGCUAAAUCGUCAAAUGGGCAAAAAAAAUCAAAAUUCAAAGUAGAAGGAGAAUCAGGAGAAGUUGCGGGUGUUAAUGAAGCGACUGCAAAUGGAAGUGACAGCGACAGUGACAGCAGUAACUUGCAGACAGAAAAAUGCCCAAUUUGUUUGCUCUCCUUCAAGAAACAGGAAAUCGCUACACCUGAAUCUUGUGACCAUUCUUUUUGCCUUGAGUGCCUCGUCGAAUGGAGCAAGAACAUCAACACAUGUCCUGUCGAUAGACAAACCUUUACCUUAAUAUUGGUCAGGAAAAAUCUUGGUGGAAAGGUCAUACAGCAGCUUCCAGUUACUAUCAAACCUCCGGUUGAGGAACAAAUCCAGGAAGAUGCUACGUACUGCGAGAUUUGCCAACAGUGCGACAGGGAAGAUCGAAUGUUGCUGUGUGACGGUUGCGAUCUGGGUUAUCACCUAGAGUGCCUCACUCCACCCAUGAACGAAGUUCCUAUGGACGAGUGGUUCUGUCCUGAAUGCGCCCAAAAUAGUCAGAAUGAUGCCGAAGUGGUGGAAAUCGACCUUGACGAGGUUCCAGAUUUGAUGGAAGAGGCUCGUAGACUGGGCGAAUCGUACGGGAGAACGCGAACCGGUCGUGACCGCGAAUUGUCGGUAGGUCCGCGCGUAAUUCCUCGUACUCGUCAAACGGAACGCGUGCGGGCAAAUAUACGCGCCGAUCGUAACCGGGCAGCGUCUUUAUCGCGAGAAACAAGACACGCGGCGGACUCGCGAGACGCGGUCGUCUUCUUCGAUCCUGACCAGCCCUCGACGUCGUCGUCCGGUCUUGACUCGGUUGCAGGAUCAACGUCCCGCGCUCGAGCUGCGGAAGCGGCGCCAGGACGUCGCGUUUGCGAAGUCACGGGCUCUAAAAAAUCGACUUCUAAGUCUGCGUCUAAGUCUAGUACGGUAAAACGUAAACGGAAAAAGAAAAAAGUUCGCAAAACCAGCAGCAAGCAGACGAUCAUGAAGCUGCGAAAAGUGAGGCUAACGGAGAUUGACGAUGACGGCAAGAAGGUGGAAAUCAUCACAUACGUUAAGGUCAAGUCGUCCGGAGCCAAUGAUGGAUCGUCGAAAACACGUAAAUACAAGAAGAAGAAAUCGAAGCGCAAGCGAAAGCAACGAGGUAGAUAUCGUCGUGCCCGUACCGUACGUUCUGUAGCCAAAGCUCAGACUGUCAAAAAACGGUUGGCAGUGGCGCUGGGAAUGAGCAAACCUAUCCGUAACGUUCCUCUCCUCGUGCCAACGGUUAAAAAUCGUCAAACCAUAAGCGAUCGCACACUGCUCAGAAAUUCAAGAUACACAGCGGGUAUAUCUCAAGUCAGCCUCUUCGGAAAUUCACGCGACCUCAACUACAGCCCGACUGGGUCCGACUCGGAAGAAUCCGACAGUUGUACAGUUGGUGGUAAUGGAUUACUAGUAAGUAGUCGUCCCAGAAAUGCGAUUGCAUCGACACGUCGUCACACAGCAUUGAAAACGAUUUCAAAUCCACUGAUACCACGUGAUGAAAUAAAUCCAGAUUUGAUGACCCCCGUCGAUCUGAUUGGUAGCAUAUUGGACAGCCAAGAGUUCUGGCACUCUAAGAAAAACACUGAUUUAACUCUGAAGGCAGACGGAACGUUUCUGAUAAAAAAUAACACCAACAACAACAACAACAACAACAACAACAACAACAACAACAACAAUGACCACAAUGAAGACAACAAGCACAGCAUAAACAACAACGAGAGUCCGAUAAAGAAAAAAAUCUUGACAAACGACGAGGAGAAUAUUACAGCGAAGGAAACACGUCUGGACUUGACAAAGACCGAUCAAAAUGAUAUGGUACAAAAUCCGAUGUACAACAGUCCAAGAGGUGGAGGAAAUCGUGGAAACUUUAGGGGAAGCGGUAACUAUAACUGCGAAAACAACCGGCAUAGUUAUGGCGGGCAGGGUUAUGGUGGAGGCAGAGAUUCGUAUGGGGGAGGAGGAGGCGGAGGAGGUGGACGGCACAGCUUUGGCGGGCCAGGGGGAGCAAGGGACAGUUAUAACAGUGGCCGUGACUUUAGACCCCCAGGUAACUACAAUCCAGGAUUUGAAAUGCGCGGUCCUCAUCCAGGAUUUGCAGGAAAUCUUCAUCCCCCGUUUAGGAACCGCAACCCUCAGCAGCAAAACUUCCGUAACGAAAGACCAAGGUUUCCACCUCCGCUGAUGACGGAUCGUAACGAUCGUCAACAGCCGCAGCACCAGCAACAGCAACCGCCGACACCGUUCAGCCAUCAAGACGCUAACAGCGAGAGACCACCUCCUCCUGGUUUUCCGCACCUGAAUUCCUUCCAGAGAUUUAGACCCCAGAUUCAUCCACUGAUGUCUACACCACUGCCUGGACCCAGACUUCCCCCGAUUAGGCCUCCAAGCUUUAUGCAGGGUAAUUUAGGGCAAAGCUUCCAAGACGAGGGGUCAGGGUUUAAUUUGCAUGACGACGUCCAAGAUCACUCGCACUUCCCGCAAGCUGGUUUAAGCAAUACUGAGCCCACAUUUGGCCCCAGGAAUCAGGCGCCAGAUGAGGAAGAGUGCGACCUUUACUCGGAUAUUGAACAACCUGACAAUAAGAAUUCAUGCGAUAAUGACUCUCCAGUUGUCGAUGCUUUGAAUAACGACCAGGGCGUUGGGAGUGUGCUGUUACCUCCUCCGCCUGAGCCGCCGUCCGGUCUUCUUGACUUUGAAGAGUCAAAGAGCGACAGGGACUGCAAUGACAGCGAUCAGGAACUUGUAAUUGACGACAAUCCGAAGGAGGAUAAUAGGGAGCACAAGAGUGACGAUAAGUAUGAUCCCUUCGCUGAUGACAGUGAUAGCAAUGCCGAACAUGGUGAGAGCCAUGGACUGCGAGGGGUUUCAGAACCUGCAGCUCACUCUUUUGCAGCCAGCUUUUCUAAUCAGCAGGCUAUCAUCGAUAAGCCUGGAAUCCGACUGACCGCUUAUGACGACGACGACGAAGACGACUCGCAAGCUGACUGUCCAAACUUUUCAAUUUACUCAUCUCAGACAAUGGAUGUAGCUAGGAAUAGUGAACAGGAGCUUUCCCAGCAAAUAGGACCGCUCGAGCCGCCGCCUCUGCCACCCGAUAUUCCUGACGACGAUGAUAUCAUUGUGGGUGAUGUUCAGGCCUGUGAUUUGUCUGAUAUACCUGAACCGUCUGAUCCCUAUGUCGAAUCAUUGCAGAAGGAAAGACAGACGCUCAGUAAGAUACCACCGAAGAAAAUAUCAAAUGACAGUAGAGGGAAGAUCACGUUUAAAAUUGGCAAUAAAUUUAAGCUUAGCAACAAACUCAGCAAUCUGUACGAUGAAAUAGAUGAGACUAUAGAAACCUCGAUCCAGCAGGAGAAAGAGGUCGAAGAAAAGAAGAAUGCUGAGAUUGAAAAGGCAAAGGCUAAUGAAGAAAAACCUAUUACCAAGGAGGUUAAAGUUGCCACAGAGACUGAAGAUGCGACGGUGGACAAACAGGAUAGAACCAAGGACACAGAUGCUGAGGAGAAGUCUGAUGACGACGAGGAAGAGAAAUUGGAGGAACUCGAAAAAGAGCUCAAAGAAAAGGAACAGAAGCUAAGAGAAAUGGAGCAGCAAGAAGAGCUGGAAAAAAAGCAAAAAGGUGAAAAAACGUUAACUGUGAUUGAUGAUGAAGAGGCAAAUGAACAAGAUACUACAAAUAAGGGUGAGGAUGAGCCUGCUGUAAAUGACUUGGAUCAGUCACGCGAUUCAUCCAAGAAGAAUGAAUUCAACUGCGAGAAGGAGAAAAAUGAGACUCCGUCGAUGGUUGACUUGACUGAGAAAAGCUCGGAUACAAUCAUCUCCAUUACUGACACCAUCCAAUCGUCAUCGCCAAAGGUUACAGCCGAGGACGAUCUGGAGGUCAGCCUCAAGGAUAGUCUUGAAAAUACGCAAAAGAGCCAAGAAACAAAGAGCAAAAAAGAGGCCGUUACUACUGGAGGAUGGACGAGGGUAGACAAUGUCCAAACAAACAUUGAGACUCUAGCCAAGGAACCAGUAAAAGAGAGUAAUGUGCUUUAUGAUCAGAUAGACGAGGAAUUCAUUUCAAGGAAACCUGAGAACCCUGAUGAUAAUGCCCAUGAUGACAAGGAUGAAAAUAAAGCACAAGAGAAAAAAAUUAAUAAGACUACAGAAUGUGAAGAGAAAGAUGAUGCGGAACUUAUUGAGAUUGAGGAUAAUUUGGAGGAUGCAGGCUCCAGUGAAAAAAUGGAUUUUCUUCCGGAAACAGAGAAUUUUCCCCUGGAAAAAGACCCUAGUGAGAUAUUCGAAAGUAUUGUGCACACUAACUUGCAUCAACAGAGCUGGGAAUCUGACGGAGCUUAUACUCCUUGCAAAGACGAGCUACCUGUAAAAUAUAAGGAUAAUGACAGAAGUUCUCCCUCGCCUUUCGAAAGUGGCCUGGAGCCGAUAACCCCGACCAAAGAUAGAUCAAAUGACGAUUUGGAUGGGUGCAGAACUCCCGCAGGAUACGCGGGUCUGGGAACAGAAGCAAUUUCAGAAACUGACGAAGCAAUGAAUUUUGAGGAUGAGUUAGCACUGCUGCAUCUAAGGAAGGAAAAGGAGAUGGAGGAUGGAGAAAUAAUGGAUGACGGCAGAAUGAGCCGUAAGACAAGUGAAAAGCCUGGCAAGGAAAAGGAAGACGACAGUAAGAGGAAGAAAAAAAAAGAUAAGAAGGAGAAGGGAAAGGAAUUGGACAAAAACAAGGAGAAUAUUGCAUCACAGAACCAAGUAUCGUGGAAGAAAAUAUCUAAGAGUACCAAGGAAAGGCAGUAUCGCGACAAGGACAGGAGGUCGAAGUCCAAGGAGAAAGAAAAGGAGAGAGACAAGGAAAAAGAUAGAGAUAGAGACAGAGACAAGGACAAAGAUAAGUCGAAAAAGAAGGGAAAGGAAGUGGCAAGAAAGAAAGAGAAGCGCAAGGAGCUCGAGAGAUACGAUGUGAGAAAGAUUGUAGCUGACAAACCAUCGAGGCCAAGAAAAGAUGAGUAUGGUAGAGAUAUCAGGGAUGAGACUAGAAGCAGAUCUAGAAGCAGGACUCUAUCGCGUAGAAGAAGUUUUUCCAGAGAUCGAAGAAGCAGAUCUCACGAAAGAAAUCGAUCGAGAAGUAGAUCUAGAUCCCGAAUGCGAAGAUCUUGGUCCAGAACCCGUCAGUCUUAUUCUAAAGGAGAUCGAUCAGUGUCUAGAAGAAGAUCGUUGUCUCGAUCAAAGCGUAAGAUAUCACGAAGGAGAUCGGUAUCAAGGAAGAGAUCGGUGUCGAAAAGACGAUCCAGAUCUCUCUCAAGGAAGCGCAGAUCCUCUCUUUCACCGAGAAGGCGAUCCAGAGGCAGAUCUCUGUCUAAAAGUCGUCGGUCGAGGAGUAGAUCCCGGGAUAAAAAGAAGGAUAAAGCAAAAAAGCACAAGUCUAGAAGCCGCUCGAGAAACAGAAAGCGAUCACGAUCAAAAACACCCAAGAGAAUAUCCUCCAAAUCCCAAGACAAAAAACACACAAAGAGAAAGAAUGCAUCCCGUUCGAGAGAUAGGUCAAGGGAAAGAUCGCGGUCCAGGGAUCAAAGAGAACGCAAUAAAAACUGGGAAUCGAUUAACGAAAAGAUAAUCGAGAGAGAAAGACGCCCGGUGUCGAGAGACAGAAGAUCCUGGAGUGCUCAAUGGACUCCAUCCUGGUCCAGAUCACGGUCCAGAGACCCAUCGCCAACCAGACACGAAGAAGUGGCUUCUCAUACAGGCUGGUCGUCUCCUGUAUUAGAUACUGUUCCAGUCCCUCCUAAAAACUUGACUGUUAUACUGACGAAUAAAGAAGCGAUAAAGAAAAAGAAGAAGGAGAAGAAAAAGGACCCCAAGAAAAUGAAGGAGAUUGAAAAGCGAAAGAAGAACAAACGUAACAGGACUCCACCACCUUCUAAAGAAGUUUUCGCCAGCGGAGACAACAUACUUGUUAGCGUCUGCUUCAAUAAGGAGAAUGAAGUAAACCAGGCUGAGUUACCCCCCUUGCCUGAAGUUAUGCCACUUGUGACACCGACAGUAAAACGCAGGCGCCGAGAAACUGCGCAAACUGCUGAGCCUGUGCUUAAAAGGUCUAAGAAGGAAAAGGUUAAAGAGAAAAGACCGCCUAAGUCUCCGAAGAACAAGAAAGAGAAGAAGAAAAAAUCAAAGGCUGCUGAAAUAGCAGCAACAAAAAAACCUGUGGCGGUAAUAGACCUUGACCAGUCUCCGUUCAGGGAACAAACACCUUCUCCACGUGACGUCAUAGUACUUAGUGACGACGAGGAACACAAGCAAACCCAGGAAAUAGCCACCCCUGAGCAGCAUGUCUCUGCUCAGGCUACUCCUCAGCAUGAGCAGUUCAUUUCUCAGGGUCCAAAGACUCCGCCGGAGCCGCAAAUUAAAUUUUCUAUAAACAAGCAGCAGAGUAACCUCAGGGCGUCGAUGAUAAACCCUCUUCACGAGGAAGAGGAAGAGGAAAUAGACGAAAGAGCUGACGAAGAGUUGGAAAUGAGGGCUCAGGAGGAGCUCGAACUGCGACUUAAAAUAGGGCCCAAUACUCCGCCCGAACCACCCACAUCACCGCCGACGUCACCUGACGCAUACGAUCCAUUCGACCCUACAAAGUCAAGGUCUCCGACGCCAGUAGCCAGUCAGGAAGCUACACCAGCAGACGAGAGAGACAGAAAUCAGUGCAGUUCACCAAGAAAUCAUGACGCAACUGAUACUCUUUCCUGCACUCCUAGUGAAGCAGACAAACAGAUCCAGGAACAACAGAGUCAGGACACUAAUAAACAGAUGGAUAAACCCAAGAUCAUAUCUAUGGUUACCAUAAGGAAAGCCUCACCUAAGAGAGACUCACCGCCUGUUGGUGAUGGACAGACUGAAAUAACACAGCCGAGCGAAAGUCCCGCUAAAACUCAACAGAGUCAACAGAACCAACAGAAUCCGGUUAACUUUACAAACAUUAAUCCGGUACUUGCUACUGUCACUGCAGCCGUUCAACGUAGUACUUUGUUUAACACCAGUACACCCAUCAGCACUCAAAGAAGUUUAAUACAGCCAAACCGAAUCUCGCCGAUAAAUCAGAACAAACAGAGAUCAAACGAGAGGCCACAGCUGCCAAACUUAUUCACUAAUCCGGCAAAGCCGGCUCCAUCGCGUGGCAACAAGUCGACAUCUUCACAGAGCAAAAAUGCUUCAACAAUGGGACAAAAUGGAAGCGACGCUACACUUGAGACCACAAACGACACUAUUGACAUGUCGUCGCCGUAUUCGCCCGGUUCCAGUCUUAGCGAUGGGAUUUUUGAUCCUCCCAGUCCAGGAGGCCACAGUCCUCAACAAUUGCCCCCUGGUAAUACAAAUAAAAAUACACCAUCGAAAACUGCCAACAAACCAGCUGAUAAAAAAGACGCUUUUGACGUACUCUUUGGCUCGUCACCAGCUAAAGGUCUGGGAAAAACGAGGGCGAGAAAAGUUCUUGAGAAGGAUAAGAGAAAGAAAUCAACAAAUCCCAAAGUCGGUGUUCGAAUGGACGAAAACCAGCUUCAGAUUUUGGACGAUCUCCCGAGUUCAGCCGUCGAAAUGCAGGUGAAAGACAAGUUUCUAAAAAAAUUAAACAGACAAGAAAGAGUCGUAGAGGAGGUGAAACUAGUUUUGAAACCACAUUACACAAAGAAGCACGUAACAAAAGAGGAAUAUAAAGACAUUAUGAGAAAAGCUGUGCCUAAGAUUUGUCACAAUAAAACGGGGGAAAUAAAUCCUAAAAAAAUCGGCUUGCUGGUUGAAGCUUACGUGAAAAAAUGCCGAAUGAAUAAAAAAAAGAGUUUUGGGGGUGCUACGAUGAAUCAGCAAAAGGCAUCUAAAGCUGCGAAAAAUCUCUGGAGUUGAUCAUAAGCCAAUAUUGGGUCUAGUAUUUAAAUAUAAUAUGCCCUCGUCGAUAAAAUUCCGUACUCCCGAGAAUCGAAUCUGGUGGUAAGUGAAAAUACACAAUAGCCCGGAAUGAAUAUGAUUUUGAAAAUGAACAAGAUUAUGGAUGUGAACACGAAUAUGAAUAUGAAUAUGAAUAUGAAUAUGAAUAUGAAUUCUACUCCACAUCGUUAAUUCUAACUGUAAGGAAAUCAGAGCAGUAUAAUCUGCUAUAAAUCAACACCGAACAAUGUGUAUUGUGUGUGUAAAUACUUAUACUAAUGGCGUCUAUCGAUUAUCCAUUUGCAAACCCCCGCCCCAGAUAUAUAUAUUUUUCUUUAGUUUUUGUUUCCCCGUUUUCUUCCGUUCUCCACUAUUUAACUUUGUUUAUCACAUCACAACAUUAUUAUGAUUGGUCAAAUUACGACCAUGAUCACAGUCGCAACGAUGAUGACGGGUUUUGUCCCAGUUGUAAGUAAAGGGCAGUCAUUGAUUGACUAAUUUUACUCUUUAGUUCAUUCGUUGGUAAAACACGUUGUAAACUUUAUAUUGGGAUACUGUUUUUUCUUAUUGUCUCUUUUGUUCAUUAUCUUUGAUAAAUUUUAAACAUAUACAGUGACAAAUUCACUCCGCACUAUAUUAGAGAGAAUUGAGGCUCUACUGCUACAUAGUAAUUUUGCUAUAAAGUUUUGCUCCUCAUACUUUUUCAGAAAAUAAAAUUAAAGAGAGGGAGAGCAAUCGAUGAAAAACUCAAUUUGCAUUAUUGAGAAAUAAGUAAAUGAAUAAAUGUGUAAAUAAUCAUCGUGCAAUUCUUCUGGAAAUAACUGAUUCAACUCCUAAGGAAUUGGAUUAAAUCAUUAAUGUUUCUCUCCUAAUUGCAUUUUAACUUAGUUGUCAAAACUGACUGUGCGCCAAUAUUGUUUCUGAUUCCGUUUUUUUAAUUCCUUACUGUAUAGAGUUCAUAAUAAAAGUUGUCAAACUUU